GCUCCAAAGUUUGCAAGCCAUUGGUCCCGAAGCAAGUGUUGCGGUGUUGCGCGUCACCGGCGGCUUUCUGGACUCCCGCUUCGGGCAGAGCCGCUCGGAAGCCUCGCAGCUGUCGCAGAUGCUUGGACUCUCGCUGCCGCAUGGCAUUGUCGCCUGCGCGCUGAGAGGUCUCCUGGCUCAGCGACCUGAACCCGAAAGGCUGGAAGAACAUCACCAGGUGCUUCUGGCCGCUCUGGACCUCUUCCAGAUCACCACGGUGAACAACCACCAGACCACCGCGCAACUGGGGCACGCUGGGAUGCUGCAUGCCAUGUUGGAGUUACUGGAAAAAACCGAGGUGGCCUCGCUCACAGUGGUCACCUGGAUGCUUCGAGGUUUGGAGCUUGUCUCUGAGGUGUCGGGCACGGCGGCCUUGGUCCUCUUCCGCGACUUUGGAGGGCUGCAGGCCUUCUCCGUGCGCCUGCAACGUGAAGUGGCACUGAUCCUGGCUUUGGAUUCGGCGGAAACUGUGGUCGAGUCGGAUCCCCCCAGGGACGACGCAGCUGAGGAGGAAAAACAGAGGUUCCGACGCCUCUUCGAGGAGGUGACGUUGCGCCGGCGGCUCUGUCGCCAGCUGUUAAAGAAUAUCCAGACUGCCUUGCAAUGUAGUGAAGUCCUACAGGGCCUGGCCGGCAUCUUCCAGGGGCAGCUUACAGAUGCCCUGAAGCUGGCCGUCAAGGCACCCAUGAAGAUGGGUCUUCAGCUCUUUGGCACCGCCAUCGACAUCGUCUCCAGCUUCAUUCAAGACGAUCCCUCAAGAGUUCCUCAGAUGAUUGAGAGCGAAGUACUGCCCGAGAUCAUGGGAGCCCUUAACAAAGAUACCCUACGAAGUGUGGAAUCGCUCAACUUCGUCCCUGGCCUGUUAUCGUCCAUCGCCCUUCAUUCAGUGGGGGAAAACUUCAUCCUCUCUUGGCCCAACAAGCCCGUGCAGCUCUUGACAGAGGCCUUCAUCGACGUCAGCUACGCGGGCAUGAUGCACACGCAGCCGGAGCUCGUCCAAGUGAUGGGCACGCAAGUGGAAAAGGUUCUCCGCAACCGCCCCGCGGGACCCACCAAGCUCACGGAACAUGUCGUGGACUGCAUGCUGGACACCAUGCGACAAGUGGCGGAUCAAGCCAAGGCCUACCCUGACUGGACGCCCUUAGACUUGGAGGACCACACGGACUUCCUGCCGGAUCGUUUGGCUCCGCUUUGUCGCUUCUGCUGGUCCAUCCUUUCCACCAACGAGGCGGCGCUGAAGUGCUUCCUGGAGAGGAAGGGUCUGUCUGUGGUCCGAGAACUACAAGAGCUGUCUUGCGGGCAGCUCAGGAGGAUAUCAGUGCCCUUCGACGCCUUUUGUUCGAACAUCAUCUCAGUGGACUCCAUCAGGUCUGCCUUUUCACCUAACCUCUCUGGAAGGCGGAUGUUGAACAGCGUGAGGGACAGCCAACAACACCCCAUGGCGAGCCUCUUCACGCUCCAGGUGAAGGGCUCCGAGGGAAACCUGGCAGCCGCUGCGGAGUUGAAGGAAAUGUUGAACACGCACCUGGAGAAGGUGGUUCCUACCUUGCAAGAGAUGGCGGCUGGCGACCCCGCAGCAGCUAUUGCUUCGAUGGGAAGCGCGGAAGUGGUCACGUUCCUUCGCACCCUGAGUCGUGCCACUGCGGCGCUGGAAAGCAUGUUGUCGGUCUGUCGCGAGUGCAGCUCCACGCAAGUGUUGGAGGCGGUGCGGGAACCGCUACGUGACAUCGCGCCCCUGGCCGGCUGCACCUUUGUGCUGGCUGCGUGGCAUUCGCAGGAACGCGAGCGCUUGCCAGCGACGGCGAGCUAUCACGAAACGGUGCGCGCCGUCUUCGCAGCUGAAAAGUCCAAGGAAGGUCUGUCAGAAAAAGAUGCGGCCGAAACUGCAAUGGAGGCAACUUCUGAUGGACGGGAAGAUCAGGAAGGUGAAGUUCGGGUGAUCAGUACGGAGAAAAGGAGCUUUGAACAAGCCUUCCCCACGGCAUCCGAAUGGCGCGUCGUUGCAGAGCCCCCUUCUCUGCAAGAGGGGCGGCGGAUUCUCUUUUGGGCACGGAUGAUGACCCACGGCCCCAAUCGGGCGUUUGGACAUCUCAUGAGCUCAACGCUUCGAAAGACUUUGUUCGAAGGUGCUGGGAAGGUAUUGCUGUCGGCGACAGCGAGGCAGAAGCGCUUUCAAGCGCUGAAAUUGUGGGCAGUGAAACGGAGUCAGAGAGUGACCUGGAUGUGGGCACUGGCAGUUCUGUGGCACGUGACCUUGCGACAGCUCCUGCAGCUGGCCACGAAGCUCCACUCGCGACAACGAGCCUCUCCGGCGCCGGGCUUGGCGCGGCAGCUGGCGCAGGUGGCCCGUAGCAUCUUGUUGGCCCAGCGCCCCGAGAACACGGCGGCUGCGCUGCGCUGGGUGGGAGAGGUCUUCGAUGUGCUACAGAAGAUGCAUGAGGAGCAAAACAAAGUGGCCCUUUGGGUGGCAGAUUUUUCGUUGGCCGCUGUCCGCCCGUUGGCUUUGUGCACCUUCUACCAGGCUGGUGGCUUCGAUUUGCUUCCACCACUGAUCCGGUUUGUGGCCGACGAACUCGGUGGACCACACGCGCAGAUCGCUGGGGCGUCUCUCACGACGGCUGCCAGCUACUUCGAGAAACUCACGGCCUGGAAACGCUACACCCAUGCCAUGCAGAUUCGUCCGGAAGACGGCCUCAUGCUGAAGGAACAGCUCUGUCACUCCAUCCAGGCAGCAGCGGUGAAGAGUUUGCUUCCCAUCUGGCAGUCUCCUAGAUCCUUCAGCAACUACCCGCGCAGUGUCUGCAGUUCCAUGCUGAAGGUGUGGCUCCAGAUGGCGCAGAACGAACAGCUGGCCGUUUAUGGGGACGAGCGAAUGAUGCGCCCAUUCAGGGGCAAAGGUGUAGGUCCUGAAAAUGGUGCAGCUCCGCGGCCAAACCCAGAGCGGACCAGCCCUGCGAACGCGCAGGGCGACGCGGAGCAUGUCCAAGGCACCUUAGUCGACAUGGGCUUUACCAAAGCCCAAGUCGCGUCGGCCUUGAACCACUUCGGUCCAAGAGGUUCGGAGGACAUUGGACAGCUGAUCAUGUGGAUUGUGGCGAAUCCCUUGAAUGCCGAGGCCAGCGAGAACAGCGGGGCUCCGGAGGUCAAGGAGAUCAAAGAGAUCCGGAAUCAGGUGAUGGAGGACCUGCUUCCGCGCAUCUUCGCCUGCGGCUACGAUGUGCCCAAGGCCUUGCCAGCCGUGGUGGACACCAUCUGCGCAUUGUCGGAGAUCGCGGAACCCAUCUGGCCCAAUGUACCUCCGGACGAGGCGAAGGAAGAGGAGGAGGAGGAGGAGGAGCGUGCUGGCAGUUCGGACGAGAACCUUGAGCGCCUCAGCGAAGGGCAGAUCAGAGAGAUGAGAGAGCAGUAUCCGAAGAUGAAGAAGAGGAAGUAUAAGGACAAGGGCAAAUCGAAGUUCAAGGACAAGAAAAAAGGCAUGAUGAUCGAUUCCGGUGCGAAGGGUAAUACUGCAGAGGACUAUGGGUCUGAGAAGGAGCAGAACUUGAAGGUCAUCAUCUUCAGAUGCCUCGAUGAGCUCCAGAGCAGCGACCAAGUCCCUUCGGAGGAAAAGAUGAGCUGCGUGACGCAGGUCCUGGCCAAUUUGCUGCACCGCCGGCCGAAUGCCUGCCGCAUCUUGGGUGAGCGAAAGGGGAAGAACGGCGAGCACGGGCUGAAGCACUUGCUGCAAGAGAUCCACGACUGGUGUGUGGCUGGCAUCGACUUUACCAAAUCACCAGAGGAACGUGGCCAUCGCCUGAUCCACUGCACCGGCCGCGCGCCGGCGCCACCAGGAGUGGGUGACGCCUUGCUUCCCGCGCCCGCGUGGUUUACCCCUGCCGUUGUCUGCGCCCAACAACUGCUAUGCAAGGCUGAGCUGGUGAAGUACGGCGAUGGUACCCAGGUCUUGGACACGGAAAUACAACAAAUGUGGGUCACAUUGGCCCUGGACAUUCUCUACGCCUUCCCGGGCCUUGAUGGUGCGUUGGCGCAAAGUUGUUUGCAGGUCUUGAUUCGCCUCUGUGGCACCACGGUAGGGUCCAAGGCCUUACUCUCGUAUCAGCUGUCGCCCAGGUUUGCAGUCACCGAGGGUCCAGAGACGGGAGUGCGUGCCGUCCAGUUGUUGUUGCGCUUGGGGAAGCAAGCCAAUUUCCAAGGGCUCUUUCAGAUGUUGGCGGAAUUUCUGCUUCUCCUGCUUGAAGAUGGGCCCGCCUUGCAGCAACGGAUGGAGAACGAGAUCCUCCAGUCUUUUGGUGCACGCCGCGAAAUGCCGGCGAGGGAUUUGUGCCGCAUGAACUACCACUUGUUGAGUCGGAACCCACAUCUCUUCGAGGAAGCCUUGAGGACUGUCACACAGAAGUCUCGCGACGACAUUGGCCUGACGAUUGAACCCAUUCCGGAAGCUGAACGACCUAUGCGUCAACGCAUGCGUUUCGGGGCGUUACCUCCUGCUUUGCCCAUCUUGCAGACGCUGGUCAAUGAACUUUGCUUCGGUGUCGACGUGGGUUGCAGGACCUCCUUCCAGAAGCUCUACGAGGCCGCCACUAAGGAGGACAAAGCCAGCGAGGAGCCCGUCGCGCCGCCCGAGGGGCUACCUCCGCCCUAUCCGUUGGCCUUAGGUCCUAUCUCGAUCCUUUGCGUCAUGGAUACGUUGCUGGGCCGCUCCCAAGGCUUGAGCUCCAUGCUGCUGAAGGCGCCGCUGCCGGUGCCGGCCUUGGAGACGCACACGGUUGAGGAGAGAGGCAGCUUGGUGAUUGCAUCCAGCGUCCCUUCACAGAAGAGUUUGCUGCUGCUGAUGAUGCGACAUCUGCUGCCACAGGUAGCUCAACUGUCAGAGCUUUGGCCUCGGCAGAUGAGCUUGCUGAAACCUGCACAGAAGAGUAGCCUGUCGACCACGGCGAAUCCAGUGCAGAGGCUCCUUCCGCACUUGGCGGCUGUGUUAUGCUCCCUCUCCCGCUAUCCCGGCGAGCCGCGCCGCGCGUUGGUGGCGGAGGCUGUAGUAGCCCUUCGCUCACUGGCAGAAGGUCCCAAAUCGGCAGAGGAGGAAGGAGAGUACGGAGCCCAGGUGGCCACCACCUCCACGAUCCUGGCACGUCUGCUGAGCGCCGUGCCGGCCAACGAGCGCAAGGAGGACAAAGAUGCCGCAGGCACGGAUGCAACCACUCAGGAUCCGAACAAUGCGUCACCACGGCUGAAUGCUCUGGACCAUCCCAGCGGUAGCUUGGAUGGCUUGGACGCGGAGUUUGCCAUCCGGAUCCGAGGUAGCAAUGCUGCUGCGCCUCCAGCCAAGAAGGCUCGGACUCGGAAGGAUUCGGGGCAUUUCACCACGGCCAGUGACAUGAAUGCCCUGCGCGAAGCCUUCGCGGCGGUGCUGCAAAACCUGCCGCUGCGCCGGACAGAGUCCACCCUGGUCGCCGGCAGCGUGGUGAGGCGUGGAAGCCAUGGUCCAUGGAUGGUUUACCUAUGA